AUGACGGGCCCGUUUCAUACCUAUGGUCCGACUUGCCUGUUGGCAGAUGAAGAACCAGAGCUGUCGAGCUUGUUCUCGCUCUCCACGCCACCAGAUAUCCGGUCUCAAUUCUUCUACGUUUCAUCCCUGCCAAUCGACGAUCCACUGGCGCCGCUGCCACCGCCGACAAGCGGCCAGGCAUCUGGGAAUGAAAGGGCCCCUCCGAAGCCUUUCUCGGCCAGGGAUAACUUAGCCUUAGAAGAAGCCUGGCGUAAGCUUGGAAAGGCUCGAGAAGCCGAGCUGGCUAACAAGACCGGCCCCCCGCCUGAAACGCCGAAACGGCGCUCCGCCAUAACCGUUCCUAGCCAGGGAUCAGCCUCCGAGACUGAAAGACGUCGACAAUGUGCAGCGCGAGGAGAUAUAAGUCUCUCCAGCACCGCAAGCACUCCAGUAGACCCGCCGUCGCUCCCGGAUGAGCUGCACUCGCGAAAUGUCACGAAUCGAUCGGGCCAACUGGCCUCUAGCUUUGAUGCUCAACCUGAAAGCUAUGCAGAACGACGCAUUGCGAUUUCAUCUAUGGAAGACGGCUCCAGGGAAGACGGUCUCCAUUGGAGUGGGGUCGGUGCUUACCGGAAAAGAGAUAGAUCCUCGUCCUUGAACGAAGCUCUGGCGAAACGAAGAAGCGAAUCACCCGUCGAUCACGACGCACCGUAUCGUCAAGAUGAAGCUAGCAAUUUACGCGCAAACAGAUCGCGCGAUGCGAGCAUCAGUGGAUCUCCUUUUAUCCGAGCCCCGAUCUCCCAGCCACAUGGUCCAUUUGGCCGUUCGGUGGAAUCGUUACCAUCAAAGGACGGGGUCCAAGAUGGACAAGCUGAGCUGCGGGCUCCUGCCACUCCUCGCUCUGCGCCGAAACCUUCUGGGCUGAGAACUUCUAUGAGCUUGGAGGGGCUAGCACAAGACCCUUUGAGUCAGGAGGUACCUCAAAAGGGCCCGCAGAUCAAGAUCCCAGUUGGUGCAUCUCGUCUUCACUUGGUUGAGCUGCCUAACUUGAAGAUGAAACCCAUCUACUGGAAUCCUCUUCAUGACAUUUCGAAUGUUGUUCGAGCUACAUGGUUCUACAAAAACACCAUGAUGCCCGUGGAGACAGAGCUCGCAAACAAGCUGGAAGAGGGAUACACCUAUCUGAAACCGUGGACGCAGACAUGGCAAGAUGAACUGGACAGCUGCGUCGAGAAUGGUGCAGAUGCAGAAAUGAAGAUUGUACAGGAACUUUGGCCCAAGGAUGAGUCGCCGGCUGCCAACCGCCCCGGUACUGCUCAGGAGCCGAAUCAGGGGAUCAAUGAGCUUCCUCCAGAUGAGAGUCCUGAAGUCCUGAACUUUGACCCUAAUCGAGCUGCCGGUGUGGCCGCUCAUGCGGAUGCUGUCAAGCCAUAUGCCACCUCGAGCGCUAUCUACGUGGACGCUCGAAAUGCCCAAAUUCUCCGACCCAGCCUGCUUCCGUCAGUCUCCCGGGGCAGACGCCCUCUGAAUGCAAUUCGCAAAGGGCGGCAGAUCGGCAUCCCUGUAGUUCGUGGCUUUGUUCGAAAGGUAUGGGACCAGUUACACCCCACAAAGCCCAAUCCUGUCGAUGUGCGUCAGUACAUCCGAAGGACCCAAGUCCACAGCACGGCCCAAGCUCCCGGUGGGCAAAUAUGCUAUGCCUGCAAAAUGGAAGAGCUGCGCCCAAGCCCGUCAGACCUGGUUUUUGUCAUUCAUGGAAUCGGUCAAAAGCUCUCCGAAAGAAUGGAAAGCUUCCAUUUCACGCAUGCGAUCAAUGCCUUCCGUCGCCAGGUAAACAUGGAACUGAAUAACGAACCUGUCUGGCCUCACGUACGACAGGACCAUGGCGGAAUCAUGGCCCUGCCUGUAAAUUGGAGAACAACACUGUCUUUGGAAGACCCAUCGCUAGAGACUCCAGAUACGGAAGAUCCAACAUUCAACAACUUUGGCCUCUCAGACAUCACGCCCGAGACACUUCCCGCUGUUCGAUCCCUGAUCAGUGAUGUCAUGCUCGAUAUUCCCUAUUAUCUGUCUCACCACAAACCGAAGAUGAUUAGAGCUGUUACGAGAGAGGCGAACCGAAUUUACCGCCUCUGGUGCGCGAAUAACCCAGGGUUCCAGGACAAUGGCCGAGUGCAUCUCCUGGCCCACUCCCUAGGGAGUGUCAUGGCUCUCGACAGUCUGAGCCACCAGCCGACGAAUGUUCCUCACUUCGACUUUCCCAAUACACCUUUGCACAGCGAUAUUUUUGAAUUUGAUACCAGGAAUUUGUUUCUUUGUGGCAGCCCGGUUGGGUUCUUCUUGCUGCUCAACAAAGCCAGCCUCCUCCCCCGAAAAGGCAGGGACAAACCAGGCAGUGAGGGUGAAGAUCGACUGCGCGGUGUUGCCGGAGAGGCCGGUAAAUAUGGCUGCCUCGCCGUGGACAAUUUGUACAAUAUCAUGCAUACAACAGACCCAAUCGCAUACCGCGUCAACGCCGCAGUAGAUAGAGACCUUUCCAGUUCCCUUAAAACCGCUUCCAUACCCAGCUCGACAUCAUCUUUCAUGCAAUCUAUCGGAAGUGUCUUCCGAUGGAGCUCAUCGUCAGGAUUUAUCCCAACAACCAUCCCGACACGCCCCGCGAUAUUAGCAAAACUCCCAUCAACAGUCGAAAUGGAAACCCAUGACUUCACCCGUGAGGAAAUUGCUGAGAAGCGCAUGCUACUACUUAACGACAACGGUCAGAUCGACUUUUACCUCUCUGGCGGCGGUGGCCCACUCAGCAUCCAGUACCUGAACAUGCUCAGUGCACAUAGCAGUUAUUGGACGUUGACGGAUUUCGUGCGGUUCCUGGUCGUGGAGAUUGCUCGGAAGCAGGGACGUGAUGGUACCCUUCCUCCUUUCAGAGCGGAGAAGAAAAAGGGGUGGAAAUACUCCAAAGGUGAUUGA